CUUAGGUGCACCAAGAUCCUGGACAAGAACGGUGACCCCAGGGUGUUCAAGGUGAAGGACAGGGAUGAGAUGGUGAAGAAGGUGAUAGAGCCCAUGGCCUGCCAUGGGCUGAGGACCAUCUGCCUGGCAUUCCGGGACUUCCCUGCGGACUCUGAGCCCGACUGGGACAGCGAGAACGAGAUCCUGUCUGACCUGACCUGCAUUGCUGUGGUGGGGAUAGAGGACCCUGUGAGGCCAGAGGUGCCUGAUGCCAUCCUGAAGUGCCAACGCGCAGGGAUCACCGUGCGCAUGGUGACCGGGGACAACAUCAACACUGCCCGUGCCAUCGCCACCAAGUGUGGCAUCCUGCUGCCAGGGGAGGACUUCCUAUGCCUGGAGGGGAAGGAGUUCAACAGGCUCAUCCGCAACGAGAAGGGAGAGGUGGAACAGGAGCAGCUGGACAAGAUCUGGCCCAAGCUGCGUGUGCUGGCUCGUUCCUCUCCCACAGACAAGCACACCCUGGUGAAAGGCAUCAUUGACAGCACUGUUGGUGACCAGAGGCAGGUGGUGGCCGUGACUGGAGAUGGGACCAACGAUGGCCCAGCCUUGAAGAAGGCUGAUGUUGGCUUUGCCAUGGGCAUUGCAGGCACAGAUGUGGCCAAGGAGGCCUCGGACAUCAUCCUCACAGAUGACAACUUCACCAGCAUCGUCAAGGCUGUCAUGUGGGGCCGCAACGUCUACGACAGCAUCUCCAAGUUCCUGCAGUUCCAGCUGACAGUGAACGUCGUGGCUGUCAUCGUGGCCUUCACGGGCGCCUGCAUCACACAGGACUCUCCCCUGAAGGCUGUGCAGAUGCUGUGGGUGAACCUGAUCAUGGACACCUUCGCCUCCUUAGCCCUGGCCACGGAGCCACCGUCGGAGUCUCUGCUGCUGCGCAAACCCUACGGGCGCAACAAGCCGCUCAUCUCCCGCACCAUGAUGAAGAACAUCCUGGGCCACGCCGUGUACCAGCUCACCAUCAUCUUCACUCUGCUCUUUGCAGGGGAGAAGUUUUUUGACAUCGACAGUG